AUGCAGAGGGACAGUUAUCUGAAUACCAGAAAGUUAAGUAAGGGCUUCUUUCCUAUUACAAGACUGGGGAACUUAGGCUUGAUGACUCCAAUGAGCAACACAUUAACAACAGACUUCGAGUAAAUGACAUUGGACACAUCACCUAAAGAAAGUGUAUUCAAUCAAAAUAACUAUCUCAAUUAUGACACCAUUGAUGAAUAAGAAGAAAACAUAUGCAAAUUAUAAGUACCUGGGACACUUAAUGCUUCGAAACAUUAAAGUUUUAAAGUGCCCAAAGAAUAAAAACGAAAAUCUCCAAAACAUAAAACAUGUUAACCGCAACUGACUGAACCUCUGAGUCAAGGAGUUGAAGAGAAUUAGGAUGCCAUUUUGGAAAUGUAAUCUCCUAGCUCGAAUGAUACUCCUUAACUUAAUGCUCAAACUUUAUAAUUAAUCAAAGAACUCUGGAAUUCAGAAAAGAAUGAGUCUGAGUACUUCCAGGACAUCAUUGAUGGCCAUUCCGUUCCUCAAGGCCUGUCUUAUGAAUAUAGUUACCUCAAUUAACCGAUUUACUCUCCACUUCUUGAAUCUCAAAGCCCCUAAGUACAAUUUGAACCAGAUAUUGAAAUGGAUCUUUGUGUGACUUCUUUAGUAGAUUAACUUUGGGGAAACCAAAUUGUUAGCCGAAAAUUGCAGAAAAUGUUGGAACAAGGCACUUAGGAACAGAAAGAGUUGAUCGCCUAAAAACUGGAACGUAUUAGUCCCUAAAUUGAGAAAGACGUAUUUGGCAAUUAUGUUGUGUAGAAGCUCUUUGAAUGCACUAACCAAAAGAUACAAUUAAGGAUGUUCAAUAAAUUGAAAUCUCAUUUCUAUGAUCUAUCAAAGAAUAACUUCGGAUGCAGAGUAAUGCAGAAGCUGAUUGAAUACACCUACAAUCGCGAAGAGUUACAACUAGUUGUGCUAUAGCAAUUACAAUCUAAUAUGAGAUCUUUGAUCUACGAUUUGAAUGGCAAUUAUGUCAUUUUCAAAAUGUUAGAAACCUAUGACAAAUUGAAGAUGGAAUUUCUCAUUCCCAUCGUAGAAGAAUCUUUUAACUACAUGGGCUAAUAAAUAUAUGGCUGCAAAAUUAUUCAUAAAGUUAUAUAAUAAUAUACUCCACAACAAAUAAGUAGAAUAAUUAGAUUAUCUGUGUAGAAUUAUAGUAUACUGAGUUAAACUGAAUAUGGAAAUUAUGUCUUAUAACAUAUUUUAUAGUAUUGGAAACCAAGCUAAGAAAAAGGAUAUUUAGUUCAAUUAGUUAUAUAGUAAUUUUACUAGCUUAGCAUUAACAAAUACGCAAGUAAUACUGUAGAACGAGCCUUGGAAGUCUUAGGCAAGCAAGAGCUGAUCGCAGUCAUGAAAUGGCUUCUUUGUCGAAGUCCAAAUUAAUAGUAAAAUCAUAAUCCGACUAACUCUAGUUCAAGCAAUUUCGUUGUCUUAGCUAACCAUCAAUAUGCAAAUUAUGUUAUAAAGAAAUUUUUAGUUUUAUGUGACCACAAUGUACAAAAAUAUAUAUCAGAUCAUUUAUAUUAAAAUUAAUCAGAACUAACAGCCAUCAAAUCGACUGUGCAUGGCCAAAGAAUUUAUAGUCUAUUAGAAAAAUAAAUCCAACACUGA